AUGCCUGUUGACAUGUUUAAUCUCACCACUAGAUUUCUUUCUCAAAGGCCACAAGCUCAAGUUCAACAGAACAUUCAGUUUGCUGUUUUCUCCAAUCCCGAACUUUCUUGCCCAGGUCAAAUGCUAAAUGACAUGCAAUUCCCAGAUCAAGUGAUAAUAGCACGGAAGUCAGAUGUAGGAGAUACUGAUAUCUUAGUGGAAAUGUAUGCACAGUGGGUUCCUGCUCAGAGAAUUAUAGUUCUUCCUAAUCCUCUAUCAGCAGAACUUGGGAAUAUCAUCACAAGUGUGAUGGCAGGUUUGAAGAUUACGGUGAUGAAUGUCAUUUCAAGCUACUGUGAAAAAGUUGGGGCAAAUUUUAAUCAUGUCAAGCAGAUGCUAGGAAGGGAUUACAGGUUUGAAGAUGCAUUUAUGGAGUCAACAUUAGGAAUUGGUGGGCCUGAUCUACUAAAGGAUAUAGUGUAUUGCAAGGAUGCUCUUCAAAAUGUGGGAUUGGUCACAGAGGCUAAGCUAUUCUCUGACAUAAUUAGGUUGGAUAAGAAGAAGAGGGAGCAUUUUGUGCAAUUGAUGCUAAAUAAUAUGUCAACUUUGGCAGGGAAGAGGGUUGCUGUAUAUGGGGUCACAUACAAGAGCAACAUGGCAGAUCUCACCAAUUCCCCUGCAGUGAGUGUUUGUAAAGCACUUCAGAAGGAAUGGGCCAUCAUUAGGAUUUAUGAUCCAUUAAGAGAUGAAAAUGCAAUCUUGAACUGCUUUCGUAAUCGUGUAAGGGUGGGAGUAGUUGCCGAUCCACAACAAGCAUAUCAAGGAGCUCAUGCUAUUCUUUUUCUAGUGAAUACGAACCUUCAGCAUAAUUUCCAACAGAUGAGGGCUGCAAUGGUAGAGCCACCAUUCUUAUUUUUCGCCUACAGACUGAAUGUUAACUAUGAUGCUCUUAGGUUGCAGGGAUUUCAAGUUCAUAUCUUUGGUAAUCAAGAGUAG